AUGACUUCAACAAUCGAAAAGGCUCUGCCGCCAAAGCCAAAAAUUGAAUUGUACUCUGGAAAGUACUUUCUAGCCUGCGGCUUUGGAGGAAUCGUUGCCUGCGGCCCAACACACACCGCCGUAACCCCCCUCGAUCUCGUAAAAACCCGUCGUCAAGUCGACAGCCAACUCUACAAAUCCAACGUCGGCGCCUGGAAAUCCAUCUACCGCGCCGAAGGGCUGCGCGGGAUCUUCUUCGGCUGGUCACCUACCUUCGUCGGCUACAGUCUGCAAGGCGGUGGGAAAUAUGGGUUCUACGAGGUCUUCAAGUAUCUGUAUGGCGAUAAGAUGUUCCCGAAUAUGAAUAAGACGGUGGUGUUCUUGGGUGCCAGUGCGAGUGCGGAGUUCUUGGCGGAUAUUGCGUUGUGUCCGUUUGAGGCGGUCAAGGUUAGGAUGCAAACUACACUGCCGCCGUUUGCGAAUACGAUGAGGGAGGGGAUAAGCAAGGUUGUUGCGCAGGAGGGAUAUGCUGGUUUGUACAAGGGACUUUAUCCUCUCUGGGGUCGUCAAAUCCCAUAUACAAUGUGUAAAUUCGCCUUCUUCGAGUCCACCGUCGACGCAAUCUACACCUACCUUGGAAAAUCAAAAGUCGAAUACAACGGGCUCCAGCAAACUGGAGUCUCAUUCUUGGGUGGUUACAUUGCUGGUGUUGGCUGUGCCACCGUUUCUCACCCCGCAGAUGUCAUGGUAUCUAAGUUGAACUCGGACCGCAAAAAGGGAGAAGGCGCUGGGCAGGCGAUGAGCAGGAUUUAUGGGAAUAUUGGUUUCAGAGGGCUCUGGAAUGGAUUGCCUACUAGGAUUUUGAUGAUAGGAACUCUCACGGCGUUCCAAUGGUUGAUUUAUGAUAGUUUCAAGGUGGCGUUGGGUUUGCCUACUACGGGUGGCCAUUAG